CGUGGCUAGAGGAUAUGGUGGAACGCCAAUGCAUUUUCUUGGUGACACGGAGGUUGAAGUUUCCUUUGCUGGUCUUGAGGGGAAGGAAGAGGAUGUCAACUCUGAAAUGGCUACCGCAACCGUGAAAGUUUUACCACCGUGGAUGAUUAAACAAGGAACGAACCUUAGAAAAGAACAGCGUGGAGAGGUUGGGGAGGAAUCAAAGAUGGAGAGUACUUCGAUGUCCUCCCAGUUGUCAGAUGACAAGAAAUCUACUGUCCACAGUGAUGAUAAGAAGAGCUUACAGGAUGAGUAUAGAAAAGCAUCCUAUGCUGCUCUCCUCAAGAAACAGCAGGAACUGGAAGAAUCUGCAAAGAAGCAACUGCAGCCAUCUGAUUCGGAUAUCGCAGAUGGUCAUUCUGAUACAUCUUCCCCCCGUCAAGUGGGCGUGAAGGCUAAACGUGAUCCCGAGGAUGAUGUUUGGGAAGAGGCUCACUAUGCAGGAAAUACAAGUGAAAGUUGUAAGGUCGGUGACUUGACUGUCUGAGCAGGUGAGUCGGGUGAGGACGACGACGACGACGUUGACUGGGAGGAAGGUUGAAGGCAUCCCUCCUUUGGCCGGUGAACUUC